UUUGUUAUGGGACCCAGAGAUGCAGAUGCUGAGCUGGACAUGUACAGGGGAGAAACUCGGACCGAGUUACUUCGCACCUCGUAUUUUGAGGUGGUGAAGCAGCGUGAGCUCGUGGACCGUGGGGACAGGAGCGCCUUCAUUCAGCCUUACGCCGGCGUCGCUGCGUUCGUCCCCGAGGGAGGCGUGUCAGAACCGCAGCCGCUGCAGGAACUGGGGAAAACGCAGGGGCAGAAAUCUGCAGGGUCUCACGUGGAAGAGGUUCAGACGUCCGCUUACCAAGCCGCCGCGGCGGGCAUCGUCUGUGCUCUGAGCCUGCAGCAAACGGAGUGCCAGAAGCUCCGCGAGGUUUUUAACUUGGAUUACCCUCACAGCGACUUCCUGCUAAAGACACUGACUAUUGUAUCCGGCCCCGACAUGGUGGACCUCACUUUCCAUAACUUUGUGUCCUACAAGGAGAAUGUUGGCAAGAGCUGGGCUGAGGACAUUAUGGCCAUCGUUCAGAAUCCCCUCACAUUCAACGCUUCCCGGUACACCUUCCUGGAGAAGAUCCUGGUGAAGCUGAAGAUGCAGCUUAAUGCAGAGGGGAAGAUUCCUGUCAGGAAUAUUUUUCAGAUGUUUCCUGCAGACAGGAAGAGGGUGGAAGCAGCAUUAAGCGCUUGUCAUCUUCCAAAGGGCAAGAACGAUGCCAUCAACCCAGAGGACUUCCCUGAGACGGUGUAUAAAACGUUCCUCAUGAAUCUGUGUCCACGGCCCGAGAUCGAUGAGAUAUUUACCUCGCACCAUUUAAAAGCAAAGCCCUACAUGACCAAAGAGCACUUGGCAAAGUUUAUCAACAAGAAGCAGCGCGACUCUCGCCUCAAUGACAUCCUUUUCCCACCCGCCAAGCCCGAGCAGGUGCAGAGCCUGAUAGAGAAGUAUGAGCCCAGUGGGAUUAACAUCCAGAGAGGGCAGUUGUCUCCAGAGGGAAUGGUCUGGUUUCUCUGUGGCCCUGAGAACAACGUGAUAGCACUGGACAAGUUGGUGCUGUACCAGGACAUGACCCAGCCGCUCUCACACUACUUCAUCAAUUCAUCCCACAACACCUAUUUAACAGCCGGUCAGUUCUCGGGUAUCUCGUCUCCCGAAAUGUACCGCCAGACGCUGCUGGCUGGCUGCCGCUGCGUGGAGCUGGAUUGCUGGAAAGGCCGUCCCCCAGAUGAGGAGCCCAUCAUCACUCACGGGUUCACCAUGACAACCGAGAUCCUCUUUAAG